CGCAGCAUCAGCCCGGUCAGAGGCAGCAGAGUGUCGGGAACUCCAGCAGCUCCUCUCUAUAUAUUUCCACUGAGGCUCUGUUUUUGGGAUUCAUUCAUCCCCGUCAGAGCUGCUGCUCGGUCCGCCCGGACAGGAUCUCCUCUUCCAUCCACCCGUCCAUCCACCUAUCCGUGUUCACCUCCCCCUCUGCCCAGAGGUGCGCAGCGUCCGCAUCUGCACCUCAGAAGGUCAGACACAUUAUUUUCGAUCAUCGGACCUGUCAACUUUUUUCUUUCUUGUUUUCCUCUCUUUCCCCCCAUUUCUGUCCUCUUGAUUUCGUCACCGGAGGAAUUACUACUGAAUUCAGCGGUCACCGACGCUGCUUCCUGGAUGGAGGAUGUUUGGGGCUGACCUCGGAGAUCACUGACUGGCUCGCUGAGCUUCUCUCGUCACAGCUGCUGUCAUGGCCAAAAGCCCGGAGGUGAAGCUGGCCGUCUUCGGCAGAGCCGGGGUGGGAAAGUCAGCUCUGGUGGUGAGAUUUCUGACCAGACGCUUCAUCUGGGAGUAUGACCCCACACUUGAAUCAACAUAUCGUCAUCAAGCCAAUAUCGACGAUGAGGCUGUCACCAUGGAGAUUCUGGACACUGCAGGCCAGGAGGACAUCCAGCAGAGGGAGGGUCACAUGCGUUGGGGUGACGGCUUUGUCCUUGUGUAUGACAUCACGGAUCGGGGAAGCUUUGAGGAGGUGGGGCCGCUCCGAAGCCUCCUAGAGGAGGUGAAGAAACCGAAGAACGUUCCUCUGGUUCUGGUGGGCAACAAGUCUGACCUGGACCACGUCCGGCAAGUCGGCACAGAGGAAGGAGAGCGGCUGGCAGCCGAAAUGGCGUGUGCCUUCUACGAAUGCUCUGCCUGUGCCGACGAGGGCGGCGCUGUGGCCGAGGCGUUCCACGAGCUCUGCAGAGAGGUGAGACGCCGCAAAGCUGUUCAGGGAAAAGCCAGACGCCGCAGCUCCACCACUCAUGUCAAACAGGCCAUCAACAAGAUGCUGACCAAGAUCAGCAGCUAGGGAAGAGCCAUGCUACCGCCUGAUGACAGGAACAAAAUUGCUUUUCUCGCUCAAAUGUUUUGGACCAUCAGUGGACGAUGACUGAUUUAAGUGUGAAAUGUGUUCUUCUGUUAUUCUCUAAUUGUUAUUCGAUGAAAAAAAAUAAAAUCCAAGUGCACUGUCUUUUCAGGCUGUAAGAGACAGCGAAUGACACUUGGCUUGGGAGCCAUAAAAGAUGAUUUCUCACUAAUAAAAAACUGAAAUGCUUUUGGAUUGAGAUGACAGACAUUGAUGAGUCAUGUCGACUAGCUAAGACAGGGGUGGGCAAUCUCAGUCCACGAGGGCCGGUGUCCCUGCAGGUUUUAGAUCUCACCUUGGGUCAACACACCUGAAUCAAAUGAUUAGUUCGU